AUGGCCAAUAAAUCUCCUGCCGACACGCCCCCGCCUACAUUGCAGCGAGGCAAGGCCUGCUUGCGUUGCAGGAAGCGUAAGAUGCGGUGCGAUGGUGUCAAGCCUGCGUGUCAACAAUGUGUCCGUGCAAAGAAGCCAGAGUGCUGUCAGUACGAUGACGGGCGAGGAAAAACAAGAACACAACUCCUACGUGAAAACAUCGAACGCUUGGAGCAGCGCAUACGGGAACUCGAGGAUCCCGAAUACACCUCGCCAUCAGUCACAUUGUACGAUCCUCACUUGCAUCAGCGCUCAGGAAGUUCUUCUUCGUCUAUAGCGGGAUCGCCUGGAAGCCCAGGGUUUUCCGCUGUCCACUCGCCCUUUCCUUCAGCUACCAAUUCUCCCCACGGUUCUUGGAUACAAGGUGUUCCCUCACCAUCCCCGACGCCAUUCAGUGACCCAUGGCAUGAAGAACAGCAACCAACUGUCGAACUUGCUCAGAUGCUUGUGGACAUUUUCUCGCCUCAUCGACACCAGUGCCUCCUUGGCAUACAUGUGGGUCGAUUGCGCGAGUCAUUUUCCCGAACAUCGCGGGAGCAGCGACAUCCUGUUCUAGCCAACGCCAUCUUCCUCUGGGCAUGCUACAUCUCCCGGCCAGGACCAUUAAGCCAACACGAAGCCCAUUAUCUUGACCGCGCCCUAGAAGCACUCAACAAUGCUAUCCGCUCACCCAACAAUCUGCUCGAUGUAAUACAGGCAUCGUGCCUAAUCUCAAUGUAUUUCCUCUCGAAUGGGCGGGCCUUAGAAGGCAGCUAUCACGCCAAUGCAGCAGCUACUCUAGCUGUCCAGUGCGGCCUACAUGGAGGUAUAGUAGGCGGAUCAGCGUUCGGAGCCUCCGGCGCAAAUGCGUCCUUUAAACUGGACCCUCCCAAAGACGCCAUCGAGCAAGGUGAACGCUUGUUGACGUUUUGGCAGGUUUUCAACCUGGAUAGGUGUUGGUCUGUGGUAUUACACAAACCUGUUGCCAUCCAGGAUGGACCAGAUCCUUAUACCUCUAUCCUCGUGCCAUGGCCGCAAGAUAUGAAAGAGUAUGAAUCUGGCCAAGUCAAUGAGAUUCAUGAUCAGACCAUCCGUAGCUUCUUCAGUGGUCAGGUGUCUAAUCUCGACGGGGGAUUCUCAACUCUUGCAUUGCGUGUAAAGGCCUCAGCCAUCUUUGAACGUGCUCAUCGACUAGCGGCGAAUUGGGACAAGCGAUUGUCCCUUUCAAGUGCAUUCACCGACGACUUCCAAACACUGGAACACACGAUUACACGUUUUAUUCCGAAUUUGAUCCCAGUACAUCAACUGGAUGCUACCAUGCCUGACGACAAGCAUGCUUUCCUUGUGAUACAUACCCUUGCUCACGCUGCAAUGAUCCACCUCUACUAUUCUUUCGGCCACGAUGAUCCAGUUUCCUAUGGUAAAUGUCUUCAGGCUGCGCGGUCUUGCGUCUCCGUUAUCAAGCACAUUGCCGAACCGGAUUAUGAAUUCCUGGAUCCUAUCAUGGGCCCGUGCUGGACAUGUGCUGUUGACACGCUGAUCCGAGAAGCCAGCAUUAUGGAAUCUUCGUGGCCUCCCGUCGACUGUACGGACAUCCAGUGCGAAAUAGGUACUCUUCUGUACGCCAUGACUAAGCUCAGCGCAAGAUUUCCGCUAUUGAGCUACUCAGUGGCUAAAACGCAGAAGAGACUAUCAGGACUCAGAUAG